GAUUACAACACUCCUUAACUGUGGCAUUGAACUUUGAUACCAUUAGAGUUGCAUUUAAUAAAACACGUCUUAUAACCUACAAUGUCGCGAAAAAUAAAAGAUGUGGCCGGUGUGUUAAAAUACAUGAGAGGGCGUACAUCGUUCGAUCGCGUUUUAGAAAAGGUUAAGAUACUGUCAAUUGGAGACGGUACAUGUUUCGCUGAAUUAAAACUUGAAGAUGAGCAUGUGAAUAGCAUGGGUGUUUUGCACUCGGGAUUGGCCACCACGCUUGUCGACUGCAUUUCCGGGUACGCCCUUAUGACAAAAAUACCUAAUGCACAUGUAUCGAUUGACAUACACUUCAGCUUCACAAAGAAAAUUUUAAAAGGCGACACUAUACUUAUAGACGGUUGGGUUAACAAGUUUGGGAAAACUAUGGCUUUUUUGGAGGUGGAAAUGAGAGAUAAGGCGUCCGGGGAAACAGUAAUUAAAGGCACACACUCCAAAUAUAUUUUGUGAUAACGAUAUCUUUUUGCAUGUAAUUUGGUGUCACGAAGUGUGUUUUGUUGUUUUAUUACCACCAGUACGAGGAAUAAUAAAAA